CUUCUAUUGCUCUCAAAAACUCAGACGAAACUCCCCAACAAAGAGACCCAAAAUCAACCAACCAUCACCCCCCUAUUACUCUGCUUUUGCCCUAUAUAUAUACCCCAAAUGAUAAAAAUAAAAUGCAACAAAAGACAAGGGCCUUGCUCUGUCAAUCAAUGAUGCCAAUUUGUCCGGUACUCCUUGUCUUUUCUGCAUGUGAGGCAAGGAUGGGGGCUACAGCAAUCAGCGGUGCAGAGGCGCGGGAUUGGGGGGGCAUCAUUGCUGGCAGUGGGGCGCAGCAAGGCAAGCAAAGUGCAGGCGAUCUGGUGCAGAGCGCAGAAGCUGGUGCAGGAAGCAAGGCCGGGCGCAGCAGAGUGCAGGCUGGGGCAGAGUGCAGACGAUCUGGGCGCAGAGCAGGGAGCAGGGGCGUAGGUGCAAGGCUCGGGCAUAGGUGCAGGGCUGGUGCAGCAAGGCUGGGCGUGCGAGGGGGCGAUGAUGGCUCGGUGCACAGGAGCUGGGCGCAGUGCAGACGGGAGAGGAAGCACAGUGCAGGGCUGGCUCGCGGUGCAGGGGCACAGGGGCGUAGGAGCAGGGGCGUAAGGGCGCAGGGUUGGUUGCAGGCAGCAAGGGGGUGGUUCGGGAAAGAGAAAAGUAAAACAAUGGAAGAAGAAGGAGAAGGUUUUGGUGGGUUUGGGUUAGAUGGGUUUUGGGAUUUUGGGCUUUUUGGGUAAUUGGGUUUGGGUAGUUGGUGGGCUUUGGGUUUUUUUUUGGGUAAUUGGAUUUGAAUUUGGGUUUUGGUUUGGGUUUGAUGGGUUUUGGGCUGGACUUUGCAUUUCACCCCUCCAACUUUUCAUUUCUUCAAUUGAGUCAUUUCUCUCAUCUUCUUUUCCAAUCUUCUUCAUAAAAUUUCCUUUUUGCC